UUAUUGCAGCUUUCUAGACGACUGUAAUCAGUGGUCACCAGCUCCCUCUUCAUUCGUUGUUCUGGAUGGAGCUUUCCAUCUCCACUUCUUCCCUUCAAAUUCCUUCAUCUUCUCGUAGCUUCAAUUGUUUACCUUCGCUGAGACCUUCAAAAUGUCCUCAAUUUUCGCUGAAUUUGUCUUCUUCGUUCAGAUGUUACACUCUCAGUAGCCGCUCAAUUGCCGAUUCCAAGAAACGCAUUCGCCCUACCACCAUUUUGGCCUGCAGUCAGACUGGUGCUGCUGGAUCUGAUCCAAUUGUGAAUAAGAUUUCCCAGUUCAAAGAUACAUUUUGGAGAUUUCUGAGACCCCAUACAAUACGUGGAACUGCACUAGGCUCCAUUUCUUUGGUUACUAGAGCUCUUAUCGAGAAUCCUCAAUUGAUAAAAUGGUCAUUAUUAUCAAAGGCAAUUUCUGGUUUACUGGCACUUAUCUGUGGCAAUGGGUACAUUGUAGGGAUCAAUCAGAUAUAUGAUAUUGGCAUUGACAAGGUUAAUAAACCUUAUUUACCUAUAGCUGCUGGAGACCUUUCAGUGCCAUCUGCAUGGGUUUUGGUGUUAGUGUUUGCAGUGACAGGACUUUUAGUUGUGGGGAUGAAUUUCGGGCCAUUCAUUACUGCGCUUUACAGUCUUGGUUUAUUUCUUGGUACAAUCUAUUCUGUUCCUCCAUUUCGAAUGAAGCGGUUUCCUGUUGUGGCAUUCCUUAUUAUUGCCACGGUCCGAGGAUUUCUUCUUAAUUUUGGAGUGUACUAUGCCACAAGAGCUGCUCUUGGACUUGAAUUUGAAUGGAGCUCCCCAGUGGCUUUCAUUACAACCUUUGUAACGUUAUUUGCACUCGUCAUCGCAAUCACCAAAGAUCUGCCAGAUGUAGAGGGUGAUCGGAAGUUUCAGAUAUCCACAUUAGCGACGAAACUUGGUGUUAGAAACAUUGCUUUUCUUGGUUCUGGACUGUUGUUACUCAAUUACGUUGGGGCAAUAUUAGGUGCAAUUUUCAUGCCUCAGGCCUUUAGAAGCAGUUUAAUGAUUCCAGCUCACACCAUCCUAGCAAUUGGUAUAAUUUUCCAGACUUGGGUAUUGGAAAAGUUAAAUUAUACAAAGGAGGCAAUCUCGGAUUACUAUCGGUUUAUUUGGAAUCUCUUCUAUGCUGAGUAUAUCAUAUUUCCUUUCAUAUAACAGUUCUCACUCAGCUUUCUUAACUUGUGAAAAGUUUAGAGGAAAUGUACACUCAACGUUCUUAACUUUUGAGAAGUGUAGAGGAAAUGUUGGUCAGGUUAAGACCUAAAGGAUAUUGGUUGUCUAAUGGAGUGUUCAAUUUGUUUAGG